AUGCCCGCCUCCCUCGACCUCGACGUCUACCAUGUCGUCCGGCGGCUCGAACAGAGCAACAAUGACGGAAAGCUCUUUCAGUCGGUCUCAGCCGCUUUCGGCGCCAUCAAGGGCUCCAACUCGAGCCUCAGCCGGCAAAAGAAGCGUCCACUAGAAGAGUCGCUUUUCCGCGUGCUCGACGUCCGGAGACUGGAACAGGCCCGCGACGAAAGCGACGACUCGGAGGCGGCGAUUGAUGUCGAAGAGCCCGAAACAAAAGGCGAGGAGCGGUUCUUGCUCAACAAGCAGAUGACCAAGCACUGGAAUGUUGCGCCGGCGGCGACCAAUGGCGAGCAGCCGGCCAAGAAGAAGAGGAGGGUGGAUGUCAAUGGCAAUGGCGAGGAGAUAAAUACGACGAUGGCCGCGAGUGAAGGUGCGACAACCGUUUCAACGCCGAAGGAGGCCAAGGACGGCAACAAGACGACCGAUGGCAGCAAGCUUCAGAAAAAGACACCUCGAGCGCUGCCAUUCGACGUGGAGUCGCAGAUUGACCGCCCCAGACUCGGUGGCCUGGGUGACGUAUACGCCAAGGUGGAGUUUGACCUCCGACUACUGUUGAACGCGCCGCAGUGCUUCAACCCGGGUCACGAGCGGCAAGUCGGCGCCCUUCUCACCGGCCCCUCCGAGGUCGGCAAGUCCUCCUGGGUGCGGUCCUUUGCUGCGCGCCUAGACGUCACCCUCAUCGACGUCACGCGCUGCCUCUUAGAUUUCGAGCGCAUGGAAAAGAACAUCGGUGAAGCUUUUGAUGCAGCGAUUGCGUCCGCCCCGUGCCUCGUGUACGUCGAGCACAUCGAGAGCUGCCUGCCUAGGACGAGCGACGCGAGACAAAACGACCAGCUCCAGCGCGUGCUGAUCCUGUGGAAAAAACAGAUGCAGCGCAUCAGAACGCAGCGGGCACUCGUCGUGUGCAUCGCCACGGCGGCGCGGGAGUCGGAUGUGCACCCGUCGCUGCUAAAGGGCGGCUACUUUUGUAUCCGGGCGACGCUGUCGGUGCCCACCGUGGCGGAGCGCGAGGACAUACUGCGCAAAAUUUUGGACGUUACAGAGGUCGAUGAGCAGCUCGACUACGCUGGUCUGGCCUGGAAGAUGGAAGGCUACGUCGGCGGCGAUAUUAUGCAGCUCGUCCAGCGUGCCAGGCAAAACGCGGCCUGCCGCCGCUACGCUACCCUCCACCCAACCAACAGCACCGAAUAUGAGGCCGAUACUGCCGCCCCGUGGGACGGCACGACGCCCAGCCCCAUCGACUUUGAUGUCGCUCGCAGGCUCUUUGUGCCCACGCUCCGCAGGGAAGGCUUCACCCCCGUCCCCGACGUGGCCUGGGACCAGAUCGGCGGCCUCGCCUCCGUCCGGGACCAGCUCGCCUUCUCCAUCGUUGGCCCCAUUGACCACCCUUCGCUCUACAAACAGCACGGUCUCAACCGCCCUGGCGGGUGCCUGCUCUGGGGUCCGCCCGGCUGCGGCAAGACGCUCGUCGCCCAGGCCGUCGCCAACGAGGCUCAUGCCAGUUUUAUCCUCAUCAACGGGCCCGAGCUACUAAACAAGUACGUCGGCGAGUCGGAGCGCGCCGUCCGCGAGCUCUUCGCCCGAGCCCGCUCCUCCACCCCCUGUAUCUUAUUCUUUGACGAAUUCGACUCCAUCGCACCCAGCCGUAACGGUGGCAGUGGCUCGGAAGCAAGCACUCGUGUUGUUAAUACCCUCCUCACCGAGCUCGACGGCGCGCAAGCCCGCCUCGGUGUUUACAUCAUCGCCACCACCAACCGCCCCGACAUGAUUGACGAAGCCAUGCUGCGCCCCGGCCGCCUCAGCCAGCAUAUAUUUAUCGACUUGCCGUCGGCGACCCAGCGCGUCGAUAUACUGCGCACCAUCUACCGCACAAGGCACAAGGCCGCGGAGGGAGACGCGCACGCGGCGGGCCUGGCUCCGCUCGAAGGCAUCGCCCGGGACGAGCGCUGUCGCGACUUUUCAGGCGCAGACCUCAGCGGCCUGCACCACAAAGCGGCCGAGUUCGCGUUAAGGCGGUACUUGGCCAGGGGCAACAUGAACGCUGUUCCCGAGGUAAUCGACGUGCAGGACUGGGAGGCGGCACUGGCGGUCACAAAGCCGAGCGUGACGAAGCCGGAAACAUAUAGGAAGUUGAAGGCGAAGCUAGGAGGCGCAUAG